AUGAUGGGCAGCUUAGAAAACGUCACCCACGAUGGGCAGUUAGAACACAAUACACAACAUGAGCAGUUAGAAGACAAUACACAACAUGGGCAGCUAGAAUACAAUACACAACAUGGGCAGCUAGAAUACAAUACACAACAUGGGCAGCUAGAAGACAGUACACAACAUGAGCAGCUAGAAUACAAUACACAACAUGGGCAGCUAGAAUACAACACACAACAUGGGCAGCUAGAAUACAGUACACAACAUGGGCAGCUAGAAAACAAUACACAACAUGGGCAGCUAGAAGACAAUACACAACAUAGGCAGCUAGAAGACAAUACACAACAUGGGCAGCUAGAAAACAAUACACAACAUGGGCAGCUAGAAGACAAUACACAACAUAGGCAGCUAGAAGACAAUACACAACAUGGGCAGUUAGAGGACAAUACACAACAUAUGCAGCUAGAAGACAAUACACAACAUGGGCAGUUAGAAGACAAUACACAACAUGGGCAGCUAGAAGACAAUACACAACAUAGGCAGCUAGAAGACAAUACACAACACAGGCAGCUAAAAAACAACGCUACACAUCAUUGGCAAACUUUGUGUUAA